AUGAUUUUUAAAGGGUCAAUAGUGAUAAUUUUACUGGUGUUUUUGCAGUUAAAUUCUCAAAAUCGAGAUACAGUAGGAGCGCAAGAAGCAGCAGCAUUUCUUAAGCGAUCAAAUUUGGAUAUAAAUACUCUCGGACAGAUUUGGGAAGUAGCAGAUUAUCACAAGAAGGGAUAUUUGGAUAAAUUGGGAGCUUUUAUUGCUUUCAAAUUAGUUGCUGCUUGUCAGCAGGGUCAUCCGCCUUCGAUUGCUUCGCUAUCACUCAAUCUCAGUCCACCAUCAUUCGCAUCUCGUUCUGCUACUCCAUCAAUACCCAGUUUUGGAAAUCUUGCUAUAAGCGAUAAUUGGGCGAUAAAUGCUGUUGAACAAACCAAAUAUGAGUCGAUAUUUGAUGGUUUAAAUCCAGUGAAUGGCAAACUUUCUGGUGACAAAGUCAAACCAGUUCUAUUGAAUUCAGGUCUACCAGGACCUUCACUGGCGAAAAUUUGGGACUUGUCGGAUAUAGAUAAGGACGGACAACUUGAUCGUAUUGAAAUGUGUGUGGCUCUUCAUCUAGUGUAUCGUUCACUUCAAGGAGAAGCGAUUCCAGUUGUACUUCCUGCAUCUCUUAUUCAUCCAUCAAAGAAAAAUUUUCAAUGGGGUGAACGCCGAUCAAGAACAGGAUCGGUUGCUUCACUGGAUAUAAAUUCAGCACCGUCAUUUCAAACGAGUGGAACGAUGCGUUCACAAAGCGUGCAACCAACGAGCCUUACAUCACCUAUUUUGUCUUCAGUCUGGCUAUUGACUGAUUUCCGUCAUUUUAAUUUCUUCAAGAUUGAUACGGACAACGAUGGUCUGGUUUCUGGUAAUGAUGUGCGCAAUAUUCUUUUUCAAUCAGCUCUUCCACAAGCGACAUUAGCUCAGCUGUGGGCAUUAGUUGAUAUAAAAAAAAGUGGGAUGAUUAAUUUGGAGCAAUUCGCUUUAAUAAUGUAUUUAAUUGAUGAUUGUAAAAAAGGAAGAGCUGUGCCAAGUAUACUUCCUUCGAACUUGGUUCCACCGUCAUUUAGAGUUCCAGUCUCAAAUAUUAUACCCAGUGGUAAUGAAGAAUUGGAUAAACUCCAACAUGAAAUGCAAAUAUUAAUAAUGGAGAGGCGAGAAGCAGAACAGGCAAUUGUUCAGCUAGAAGCAGAUAUAACCAUCAAAAAUAGUGAAAUAAAAAAUCUUCAGAUAGAAUACAAUACACUCGAAAACACUGUAACGCAAUUGGAGCGGCAAAAAGCUGAAGCUGAAAGACGAUUAGAAACGCUUGACAAUCAAGUAUCUCAGUUAGAGCAAACUGGUUCAUCACUUAAGGAGAAAUUGAUAGAAGAAGAAAAUAGACUGGAAAGUCUUCGAAAUGAAAAUAUGCGUAAUAAGGAAAAUAUUGCAGUAAGAGUCGAACAUUUUGAUUUUUCACUUUUCGCAUCGUUCAUUUAUGAUUUAUUUUUUAUGUAUUUAAUAUAUAUUUAUUUACAUUAA